CGGCUUGUGCUGCGGAGUGUGGGGGUGUGGAUGAGGUUGGGGAUGGGUGGGGGCGUGGAGGAUGGUGGAUAGGGUAAGGUGGUUGUUUUGUUGCCUUUACCUUUUUUUUUUUUUCUUUUUUCUUUUUUACUUGCCUGCCUACCUACCUCGAUAUUAGAUGUGUGAGGUCGUGGCUGAUCGCGAUGUCUCAGUGAAGGCAUACAUGCUAUCCCAUUCUAAAGCCUUCCACCUCUUCCCUCCAUCUCCCACCUUUAACCACAGCUUUUACCUCUUACCACCCCUUCCACGCCUAAUACUGCACCCACUCCCCAGCCUCUUCAGCACCGCACCGCACCCCACGCACUCCCACGCCCACCCACCAUCCGCAAACAUCAUUCGAUGCACCACUUCCACUCCACCAAAACCACACGCCCCCCCCCCCCCCCCCCCCCCCCCCCCCCCCCCCCCCCCCCCCCCCCCCCCCCCCCCCCCCCCCCCCCCCCCCCCCCCACACACACACGCACGCACGCACUCCCCCUCCCCUCCCCCAGCCAUACGCCAUGUAUGCCGUACGCCCUGCAAUAUCGAUAACGGUGACGACAAUGACGACGAUGCCAUCGGCGAGCUGCUUGCGCGCGGGCAUGCAGGUAGGCGAGAUGAGCUGGCUGGUUUGCACGAGCUGCGCAGGAACGCGGUGGACGUGGUGGAUGGCACACAGCACUUUCACCAAGCCGCGGAGACUCAUUCAAGCGCAAGGAAGGCGGAAACCAGUACCCUAACUGGCUGGCUGGCUGGCUGGCUGAUUGGCUGCCUGGGGAUAGAUAGGCAGGCUGAGCAAGCGGGCUUAAAGUGCAGCUGGGCGCGUUCGUCGGAGAUUUGUUUGAGAGUAUGUGCGUAUGUACACAAUAAGUGCAUGCACGCAUACAUACAUGCGCGCGCGUGCGUGCAGACGGGCCGGGACGGGAACGGCGAUCGUGCUCGUUCCGGGGCGCUGGACGCUGCGGUGAGUGGUGGGCAUCAGAGGGGUGGGAGGUCAGGAAUGCGGGGCGGAGGCGUGCGUGCGUGCGUGCGGACGGCGUGGACGGGCUGGCUGGCUGGUAAGGUAAGGACAGGCAAGGCAAGGCAAGGAAAGGCAAGGAAAGGCAAGAAAGAGCUAAGAAGCCACCUACCCACCUGCCUAUGCGGCAUGGUCUGGGAAGAGGCAGGAACGAAGCGAAUAGGUAUAUAAAGCGCCUUUUCUUCUCCCGUCUGUAUCCUCAGCCCCAACAACGCCCAACACUAAACACCAGACACCAAACACCCCCCAACAGCCAUGCCCGCCCCGCCCCUCCUCCCAGCCCUAACCUCCUUCCUCCCGCUCACGCAUUCCUCGCCGCAAACGCCGCACACACCAACGCCGACGCCGACGCCUACGCGCUCAACCCACGCGCACACGCACGCCCGUGUCCAGAAGCGCGUUCACGGCCGGGAUGGCGAUGGCGCUGGCGCUGGGACUGGGUCUGGGAGUGCUCUCCAUGACGAGGACGAGCGCGUCCCGCUUAGUGCGCUUGCGGAGCU